CCCAGUGACUGUGAACAUUUGCCCGGAGUGAGCUUAAGCGAGCGUAGCAGCAGCAGCACCAGCAGCAGCAACAAAUAUUCGACGCGCUCCUCGCUCAGCCAGUGAUGAUGCAAACGCUUAUAACGAUUACGAUUGUGGUGCUUUUACUUCUGCAAACGCUAUCGGGUGCUAGUGCCGUUCCGGCGGAAGAGCAGCUUCUGCUUCCGGUGGCCGCCGAAAGAGUGCGCCGAAAUGCGGUUUGUGAGAAGGUCGGACGUAUCCCGGACUACGGGAGCACCGACUGCAAGACGUACUAUGUGUGCACACCGAACACGCAAGGCUCCCUGAUAGCCAUCCUGUCCCAGUGUCCCUCGUCCUCGGUGUUCUCGUUCGAGCAGCUUAAGUGCGUCCCGUCGGCGAGCUACGUCUGCCCGCUUACGACGAUCGAAGCGGAGCAGUCUACCACGACGAUAGCGUCGACAACAACGACAGUGACGACGACCACGACGACGACUAAAAUACCUGAGCCCGCCUUCGUCUGUCCAGCGACUGGUCGUUUUGCGAAUCCCCAAUCGCUCGAUUGUGGCUCGUAUUAUCUGUGCACACGGAAUACCGAUGGAUCGCUCAUCGCGGUGGUAGUUACUUGCCCGGGGACGAGCAUCUUUGAUCCAGACCUGACAUCGUGCGUAUUGGCGCCCCACUUUUGUGCCCAGACACCGACGACCACGACGACGGAGACGACAGUGGUUACGCCCGGUAGUACGGUGGGCGAUGGAUUCGUGUGUCCGGCUGAGGGACGAUAUGCCAACCUCGAAUCACCCGAUUGCAGCAGGUACUAUCUGUGCUUAGAGUCGGACGGUGCUAUCGUAGCGAACCCAGCCAUAUGCCCAUUGUCGACUAUCUUCUCUCCGAUUGUGCGGCAAUGCGUCGAUAAAUCGUCGUACGUGUGUCCGUCACAAACGCCGGCGCCACCAAUCCAAACGACAACCACUCCGGUAGUGACUACUCGGACAACUCCAACGCCCGCACCGGUUACUACGACCGAAGUGACUCCGCAACCGACUUUCCCGAUUAUAAUUCCAACAACUACAACGUCCAGACCGGUUACUACGACAGCAGUUACUACAUCGUCUACUGAGUCCACCCCGGUUACUACGACCGAAGUCACACCAUCGCCUACUGAGUCCACCCCGGUUACUACGACCGAAGUCACACCAUCGCCUACUGAGUCCACCCCGGUUACUACGACCGAAGUGACUCCGCAACCGACUUUCCCGAUUAUAAUUCCAACAACUACAACGUCCAGACCGGUUACUACGACAGCAGUUACUACACCGCCUACUGAGUCCACCCCGGUUACUACGACCGAAGUCACACCAUCGCCAACUGAGCCGCAAACCAUUACGAUAGUGAUUCCAACGACUACAAUGCCUACCGAGCUCACAACAACCACAGAAGAAGAAGAAGUGACCACCACGACAACCGUCGAAGUGACGACGGUUGAAAUCGAUACAACGCCUGAGACGACAUCUGCGUCGACCGCCGAAGUUACGCUCCCGGAAUCGACCACCACGGAUGCCGAAUCCACGGCAGCGACUACAGAGCAACCGACGGAAACUGAGCCAACACUGACGACUGCAGUUUCUGCUGAAACAACGGUAACCGAUACCUUUGAGUCUACUACCGAGUUUUCAGAAGCUACUACUGACCAGACAGAAGAAAUAACAACUACGGAUACUCCAACAACGACCGAUGUGGAACAAACGACCGCAUCGGAGACGACUUCAGAGGAACCUGCUACAACCCAGGAAGCUUCCACCACCGAAGCGGAGUCAACGACCGAGGAGCAACCCACAACGGAGGAACCAACAACGACGGACAUCGAGACUUCAGAAAUUACCAAAACGGAGCCUCCAACGACAACGGACGCAUCGCCAGAUAUCUUCAUCUGUCCAACCGAAGGCAGAUAUCCCGAUCCGCAGGCGGUAGCGUGUGAAUCGUACAUCCUCUGCAUCACCAACACGCUGGGAACGUUGACACCACUCACGUUCGUAUGUCCUCCGACCACAAUCUUCUCGCUCAUAAUGCAAAUGUGUGUACCGGCGACUACCUACAACUGUGCCGCAACGCCAACCGAUCCACCCACAACUGUCGCUACGUCGACUGUACCGGCUACGACGGAAUCAGUGACACCGAAGCCGUUUGUGUGUCCAGCACCGGGACGGUAUGCCAAACCGGAGUCCAUCUACUGCAAAACCUACUACCUGUGCCUCUACAAUGCCUUCGAUAUUCUCGAUGCGGUCGAGCUAAGUUGCCCAGCCGGAUCCAUCUUUGCCAGGGAGGUCUCCAGGUGUGAACCGGACACCGAAUAUGAGUGUGUAGCUGGCCCAGCGGUCACUACAACCGAGACUUUGAGUUCCACGACCACAACAAGCGAGUCCACGAGUUCGGUAACGCCCGCUUCAAGCACGGCCACAGUGACUGACAGUCCGGCUACCACAACUAAGGCACCGUUCCAGUGUAACGAAUCGGGCAAGUUUGUCAACCCGGACAGCACGGAUUGUACGACGUACAGGUACUGCAUCUCCGCGACGGGUGGUUUCACUCAAUACACCUUCGCUUGCCCAAAGGGCGCGCUGUUCGAUCCCAAUGCCCGGGACUGCUCGGGUGUUUACGUGUGUCAGGUUGGUAAGGAACCGUUCGUGUGUAGCGCACCAGGCAAAUACGUCAAUCAGGAGAGAAACGAUUGUAAAACCUACAAGUACUGUAUCACCAUGGUGAAUGGGUUUGCUGAAUACCUGUUCAGCUGUCCCAAUGGUUCGCUGUACGAUCCAAAUACCCGGCUCUGCUCGGCUACUUACACAUGCCCCCCAGUGUGACCUGUAUAGCUGAGUCGAAUUCAGGCACCUGUAUGUAGUUUCACUGAGCGGUGUAGGGCCUAAAAUUGGUUUCAUUGAGCGUGUGGCACUAUUCCUAUAAUUCGAACUAUUGGUGAAGGAGAAUGUGAUUGUGAACUGUGCCUCUUCACAUCCGUCAAAGUUAAGCAUAAAGUAUACGACUGUAAUAUGUAAUAAAAACAUCCAUGAGGCUUAUCGGCUACCCUAACCUCAAACUCUCUACCUCUCUGUCAUGUAAUGUUAAAAAAUAAAUGAUAGGAUACUGAAUGAGCGAU